UGGGCAUUUCUCGGAUGUGCUGGGAGGAGCAGCUUAAGUCCUUGACUCCAAAACCAGGUUGUUGCCAGGUCAGCCUGAGACUUAAAUUCGAGUUGAUGUUUGGAUGUGACAGAGUCGCUCUUAAUCCUCUCUGAACCCACUUCGAAAGGGACAGACAGAGGAAAGGGACAUCAUCGACAGACAGACAAGGAAGGACGGCGAACAAGGCACCCCGAGCAGCGCAAAACUGCGGGAGAAGCUCGGCACAGAACCAGCUGAGCAAACACUGGAUGCUGGGGCUGUGCCGUGCUCCAGCCCGCACAGUCGCAGGAGGGCUGCGCUCCCGGACGCCCAGCAUGAGGCUGCUCUUCCCUGCCCUCGUGCUGGCCCUGCUCGCCACCACCCGUGCUGCAGAAGACUCCUGCGAGGGCCGCUGUGAAGAAGGCUUCGAUGCAGGCCACAAGUGCCAGUGUGACACCCUCUGUGUGUACUACCAGAGCUGCUGCAGCGACUACUCCACCGUCUGCAAAGCCAAAGUGACCCGGGGAGAUGUCUUUGCCUUGCCGGAGGACGACUACCUGGACUACAACCUCACCGUCGACUUUGUCACGGAAGAGGUGCCCACGGCAGAGCCCACAGAGCUGCCCACAGCCCCAGUGCUGGUGGACACCACACCAGAGAGCAAGCCAACCCCCGAGGAGACACUGCCAGAGGUGCCCAGCACCACCCCAGAAGUGUCUGAGGAGCCUGAGGAGCUGUGUAGUGGGAAACCUUUUGAUGCCUUCACCGACCUGAAGAACGGUUCCCUUUACGCUUUCCGAGGGAAGUACUUCUAUGAGCUGGACAAGACCAGUGUGAGGCCUGGCUACCCCAAGCUCAUCAGUGACGUCUGGGGCAUCGAGGGCCCCAUUGACGCAGCCUUCACACGCAUCAACUGCCAGGGCAAGACUUACCUCUUCAAGGGCACCCAGUACUGGCGCUUUGAUGACGGAGCCCUGGACCCUGGGUACCCACGGGACAUCUCCGAGGGCUUUGAGGGCAUUCCCAACAAUGUGGACGCAGCCUUCGCCCUCCCUGCCCACAGCUACCACGGCAAUGAGAGAGUCUAUUUCUUCAAGGACAAGUACUACUGGUCCUACGACUUUGCCCAGCAGCCCACGCAGGCUGACUGCGAGAAGUCCUCCCCCUCCACGGUGUUCAAGCACUACGCCUUCAUGAACCGGGACAGCUGGGAGGACGUUUUCCAGAUCCUCUUUGGCGGCAGGAUGCCUGGGGCGAACGGCCCGUGGUACAUCAGCCGGGACUGGCGGGGUGUGCCCAGCCGGCUGGACGCUGCCAUGGCCGGCCGCAUCUACGUGCCCUCCCAGGAGCCCCGGAGGAGGAAGUCUCGCCGUCAGCGCAAGAGGUACAACCACCACCGGUCACUGAAUUUGGGAUUCUGGAGCUGGCUGCAAAAUGACCCCGACUCAGCAGGUGUUGAAACGGAUGGGCUGUCGGGCUCCACGUGUGAGAUGCUCCAGAGUGUUUACUUCUUUGUCGGAGACAAGUACUACCGUGUCAACCUGCGCACCAAGCGUGUGGACCUGGUGCGGCCGCGCUACCCCCGCUCCAUCGCCCAGUACUGGCUGGACUGCCCCCAGCCCGGGGAGGAGAGCACCUGAUGGGAUCCCUGGAGCCACCAGGAGCCCAGCCUCAGCUAGACAGAAAUAAACUGUGAGAGCCAUGCAGGCUGGAGAGCUCUGUCUGUGCAUCCAUCCAA